UCAGGUUCAUUAACCAGUGAGCCACGACAGGAACUCCAAGAGAGUGUUCUUUUGACUGCCACUCCUGGCUCCUCUGGCCUGUGGCUUGAGAAGCCCGGGGAGGCCCUGGGUGGAGAAGACAAGCCAGGUCCAAACUGAGAAGAAGGCUAUAAGGGAGGCUGGGGAGGAGCCAUGGGAGGGCUGAGAAGAGGAAUAGAAGGGUGGAGUUUGACCUCGCCAGAGAGGUGGUGGUUGGAUCCUUGUGAACAGAAUUGAGGUUAGACUUCAGUAGGGAAAAAACAAAAACAAAAAACACCAAAGUACACGAGGCUGCUGAUUCUCAGUGGAGAAUGAACUUUGGGAUGCCUAGGCUCCCCGGCUCCUCACCUGCCCUUUACUCCUCCCCGCCAGCUCCCCAGGGGACUGGGUCACUCUGGACCUUGCCACUUCCUGCUCUUGGCGCCACUGCUCAGAGACUAUGGAGCUGUGGAAGCAGCUGAGGCAGGCUGGAUUGGUGCCCCCGGAGCUGGGCCUACCCCCUCGUGCCCUGAGGGGGGUCCCCCCAGUGGAGAGGGUGGGCCUACCCCUCUCGUCCCCAGGGGCGGACACUGGAAGUGCCAGGGAGCGUCUGCUGUGGAUCUGGGAGGAGCUGGGGAACCUCCGCCGAGUGGAUGCACAGCUGCUGGGCCAACUGUGCAGCCUGGGACUGGAGAUGGGAGUGCUUCGGGAGGAACUGGGUGCCCUCCUGGAAGAGGAGGCAGAGGAGAGCAGCGAGGAAGAGGAGGACAGAGAGCUGGAAAGGAACCAAGAAGGGGCCUCCAGUCCAGUCCCAGGCCACCGCCUUCCUGACUUUGAGAUGACUAUCUGAAGCCCUGCCCUGUGCUUCAGAUGGACACAGGAAUGAUAUGCAAAUUAAUGCAAAGAAGAUAGGGGAUCUGCAGGUCAAAUCAACCUGCAAAUGUCGAUUCGGAAUCAGCAUGUGUUCCUUGAGCCAGUGAUUUCUCUGAGGUUGUCUGAGAUGAAAUUGAGGGGUUGGCCCCAGAGCUGUGGGGCCUUUUGCAGAUGAAACUCUGGAUGUAUUUGUAGAUGUGUUGUAGAUGCGUUGCAGGGGAGACAUGGAUCUUUGCAAAUAUGAUGGAGAUACGUGCACUUGAAAAGUGGCUAGCCCAAAUUGAGAUAGGCUGUGUGGCAUACACACUGAACUUCAAAACUGGGUAUAAUGA